CACGCAGUGCGCUUUUCACGAGAAAGAAGCCUAGGAAGAAGAGGCUUUCAUCCCGUAUUUCAGCAUUUCCAGUCCCGUGUCAUCGGCUGCAAGCGAACAACAAAAAAUAAAACGGGACUAACCGACUAAAUUUCAACUAGAGAAAUCUUUAAAAAUUGACUAACUCAGAAGAAGUCUUUGUAUUAGAAUUUGGUGAUUUUGUUUAAGGAGAAGAUUAUUUUUAUAAAAAUGGAAGGAAUUACAAAUGAAAUUCGAAACAAAAUCAAAUGUGCUGUGAAAGCAAAACUUCAAGAGAUUGGGGCUUAUGUUGACGAAGAAUUACCUGACUACAUAAUGGUGAUGAUCGCAAACAGGAGAUCAAAGAGCCAAAUGACAAGUGAAUUGUCUCUUUUUCUUGGAAGCCACACAGACAAAUUUACAGAUUGGCUACAUAUUGUACUUGAAAAGCUUGAGGCUUUUGUUGGUGGUAGUAAUGCUACUGACAAAGUGAAAGAAGUAACUUCUGUAGUACCAAAAGCAGGAGUUGAAGUAUGUUCCCUUCCUAUUAAAGUUGAAAAUCCCUUUCCCAUAGUCAAACAAUCACCUUCCCGGCUGUUAAAAGCAAAUCAGAUGGAGGCUCAUAAUAAUGCUACAUCAAGCCAUAAUAUUCCAUCAAAUCUUGAACCUAAGGAACCAUACGUACCAAUGCCUGUUUCUUUACACUCACUACCUUCAGUACAAGUACAUCGUUCUCCAGAAGGAGAUAUGGAUGAUGAUUGCCUCAACAUCAGGGAGGAAAUCGAACAAGAUUUUCAUGGUUCUGACGAUAAACUGUUGAAAAAGAGGAAUUCAGCAUCAUCCGCCAACUAUCAAUCAUCACUUUCUGAUCCGAAAAAACGGCGACAAACCAGAAGCUCCGAAGAUCGAUUUGCUAAAAAAGUUCGCAGAGAAGAAAGGAGUCGCCCACGAAGAACAGACGGCCGCAUUUCAUCUCAAGUUGUUUCCGUGGUGCGACCUAUGCUCAGUCAAAUAGUAAAACCUGUUGAACGUACAAAACUGAAGGUUGAAAAACACGAACAAGAAGAAGAAGACGAAGAAAGUUUUAAUAACAAAAUCGGAAUCAACAGCAUUGUUCGUGUCACAGCCAGACGCAAAUUACCAGCAAAAAUGCAAGCCACAAGUUGUUUGAUUCUGAAAGCUGUUGCUGAGGCACAGAAGUCUGUCAUCUCCCAUCCACCUAAAGUUACGGAACCUGAGACCAAGUCUCUACCAGCGCUUUUCACUCGAAAAUAUCGUGAAAAGAACCUAAACCCCCAAACACUUGCUGUCAAUACCACAAACUCUACUGUUUGCCAGGUUUCCGAUGAUUCCGCUAUGGAAGUUGAUAGCCAACCGUCUGCCGCAAUUGUUAAAGAUACUGACCUUGCCAUAAUGGAACCUCAAGAGACAGUUCUCACCAAAGUAGAAGUGCCUGACGAAAGUUCAUAUGAGCAAAUGGAAAGCCCCGUUGAUUCACCACUCGACAUCCAGACAAUCGAGACACGUUUCAUUGUCACCCUUGACGGUGUAAACUCUUUAAUGAGCCGAUGCUUUGACGAAGACUUGAAUGACGAUGAUGCAACCGAAAUGAAAGAUACCGAGCGGAAGCCAGUUAAAACCCGGCUUUUCCGAAGACGUAGCACCGGCACUGAGGCUGAAGUUCAACAAACGUUGGAACGUUGCAAAUUUUAUCCAAACUGCCGUCAAGGAGACCGUUGCCAUUUCCACCACCCCAAAACCCCGUGCAAAAAUUUUCCGAUUUGUCUAUUUGGCGAAAAUUGUUUAUUUAUUCACCCGCCAUGCAAAUUUGACACUACUUGCACUCGGAAAUCGUGCCCUUAUACGCACAGUCAACGAUCUCAAGUUGUCGUUUCUGUUGCACCAAAGAUAAUACAACCUUCAGCAAAAAUGCAUCAGCAGCAACCGGUUGUGAAUGGCAAAACGGUUUGCAAGUUUUUCCCAUCCUGUAACAAUGUAAGCUGUCUUUUCUUCCAUCCUCCGGCGUGCAAGUAUGGAUCAAACUGCACUCGUGUUGGCUGUACAUUUUUUCAUCAAACAAACAUCCCGUCCGCAAACAAACUCAAAUGGGUCACAAAUGCUAAGUGAGAAAUUGCGUUGCUGGUGUUGUUUGCAUGUUAAUCGCCGACCGUGGAUUCGAAACGUAGCCACCUUCACUCCAAUACACGAAACAUAAAGA